CCAAUGUCGAAUGUGGGGAGAUACAAAGUCAAUGUCGAACGCAAGAAGAUGCAAAGCCAAUGUUAAACGCAAAUAAACAUAAAACCAAAGCCGAACAUGAAGAAUCAGAAAAGCCAGCGAAAGCAAAGAGAGGAACCAACGAACGCAAAGGAGGUAAAGCCAAUGAAUUUGAAAAGGUAAAUAACGAAUGUGAUAUAAAGCUAACUCCAGGAAAUGCCAAAG